UACGCCAGGUAGCACAGUGCGCCACGCUUCCGUCGACUCUGAAAUAGCAGAAGAAGAAAAGAAAGCAGAUUCAGGGAAUGCAAUCGCUGCAAGAGAAAGCUUCCGAGUGGAGCGGAGUCGACUCGGCCGACGCGUUCGCCAUUGACAGCACCAAUCUCUUCCAGAAACUAGGGCUGCAGGCCUUCAUCAACCUCUCCACCAACUUCUACACCAGGGUCUACGAUGACGAAGAAGAGGAGUGGUUCAGAUCGAUAUUCGCGAACUCGAAGAAGGAGGAAGCAAUCCAGAACCAGUACGAGUUCUUUGUGCAGAGGAUGGGCGGGCCUCCCUUGUACUCUCAGAGAAAAGGUCACCCUGCACUAAUUGGACGACACAGGCCUUUCCCAGUGACGCACCGAGCUGCAGAGAGGUGGCUGCAUCACAUGCAGAAUGCAUUGGAUAGCACUCCAGAGAUCGACCCAGAAUCGAAAGUUAUAAUGAUGAAUUUUCUCAGGCAAGAUGUCUCCCAGUUUCUGAAUCAUCUAUGUGGUAACUAACUGGUUUAAUCAUCUCUCGUUAUACUCUUUUCUUCAGGCACACUGCAUUCUUUCUGGUGGCUGGAGAUGAACUGAAGAACCCAAAAUCGACCAGUCCAGUGUAAGCUAGCAGCAAACUGACUUCAGUGUAGACUUAUGUACUACAGCGCUAUUGAAAAAGUAGACACCUUUGUUUGUUGUGUAAAACCAAUUGGGGGGAGGGGAUUUUGAUUGUUUUCGAGAUAUGGAAAAGCUCGAAGACUGAGAAUGCAAUCUUUUCAAAAACAGAAAAAGAAAAGAGUCUCCAUGUACUUGCAAAACCAGAAGGCCAUAGCAGGAUGUCAAUGUAAAAGAUGCUGAAAUUGCUGACUAUUGAUGAGUUUGUCUUUGAUUCUGGAGUUCAUCGCGACUAAUGGUUCAAGUUAUAAUAGCAGAAUCGCG